UUUUCUCCAGUCUUUUCUCCGCUUUUACACCAAAUGUCAUGUUAUUUUCACUUCAUUGUAGAAUAAAAUCGUUUGCACAAAGAGGAAAAACUCCAAAAUUGCUUACUUAUUUUACUCUAAUUUCCAGUCUCGUGAACGUUUAAACUCUUAAUAUUUUAUAAAACUGAAAAAAGACAAAAACGACUCCUAACCUAGCAUUUCGCCCAGCUUCCGCCAGACUGAGCUAAAAACGCCAAAACCUGUAUCCCGUUUUGCCAAGGAACGCAAUUAUCCACAGUUUUUAGAGCCUCCCGAUUUUCCUCUUUCUUAGAUUUUUUCGUGAUAUAAUCAAUUUUAAAAUCAUUUAUUCCACGAAGUUGGUUUAGUGCCGUAAAUAGAUUAAAACUAAAUCCUAUUUCGUCCACAGUGUGAAAAGUGAACUUGAAUUUUUAAGGGUUACCUGGAGAACAUAAAAUGUAUUUUCCCGAGCGUGUAUGCUUUUGGUGUUUAAUUUAAGAGAUGUCAGGAUCGAAUUCUCCAAAACUGGACGAAAAAAACAGUAGUCCGAGUCUUUUGACUGAUUUAAGAAGAUUCCGUUUCAAGAAGAUAGUCAAGAAAAUGAACACGUCCGAUGAUGACAGUAAUUUAAUGUCUCCGGAAAUCAAAGUACGCCGGAAAAUAGUCAACCGAAUCGAAGAUAGCGACAGCGAUAAUGGCAGUUCAGCCAAACCACAAUCUGCGAAUUCCGAUUCCGAUCGAAAUUCCGAAUCCGCUGAUCAACAAGAAAAAAUCAAGUACCUGACGAAAUUAUUUCCAGAUAAAGACACUGAGGAACUCCAAGACGUGUUAAGCAACUUUGACUGGAAUGUCGAGGAGGCGGAGGAAUCUCUUACUGUCAGUCGGAAGAGACCUCUCAAGAAGUCCAAAAAAAGCAACAAGAAACGCAGGAAAAAGUCGAAAGAUGUCGAGGAGGAUGGCGAUUGCGAAUCAGAUGAAGCUCAUUAUUCUAGCAAAGUCUUCGACAGUGAUGCGGAUUCGGACGUCGAAGUGUCGAAUGACUUGACCGGUGAUAAAAAAUCAGUAUUAGAAUUUAUGCAGAAUUCCAUGCCUUCGGAGCUUAUACUCAUGAAUCAGUGCACUCAGAAGAAAGUAGAUGCGAUUGUGGCUGCGAGACCUUUCAAUAGUUGGCGAGAUAUGGUCAACAAAUUCCAGAAUAACAGAUAUUUAGAUACAGAACUCCUCAAUUCGGCGCAGAUGUUGCUGGCAACCAGAAGUGUCGUGGAAGCUCUCAUGAAAAAAUGUUUGCGUCUUUCUUCGACGAUGGAAAAGGCUGUGGCUGCUGGAGCUUCGACGAUAACUCAACAACCGAAGGGAAUACCUGAUGGUUUGAAAUUGGCUUCUUAUCAAAUGGUGGGAUUAAACUGGCUCGCUGUGAUGCACGCACAUGGCGUCAAUGGAAUAUUAGCGGAUGAAAUGGGUCUGGGCAAAACCAUUCAGGUCAUUGCUUUUCUCACUUAUCUCAAGGAAGCUGGACUUUACACUGAUACUGAUGGGCCCCACUUAAUUGUGGUUCCAAGUUCAACUAUGGAGAAUUGGAGUAACGAAUUAGAACGAUGGUCCCCGGAAUUAAAUGUCGUAAAAUACUACGGAUCGCAAGAAGAGCGUCGAGAAAUGCGAAUGGGUUGGCGUAAUGGCGACUUGGACGAUGUCGAUAUUCUUUUAACGACUUAUAAUCUCAUUAGUAGCACGCCAGAAGAACGAAGAUUAUUUCGAGUUAUGCCUACUCAGUAUGUCAUAUUCGAUGAAGCGCACAUGCUUAAAAAUAUGUCUACAAUUCGUUACGAGAAUCUCGUCAAAAUCAAUGCAAAACAUCGAAUUCUUCUGACUGGAACGCCCCUGCAGAAUCAUUUAUUGGAAUUAAUUUCUCUUCUUAUAUUCGUGAUGCCGUCGAUGUUCGCCGGAAAACAGGGAGACCUCAAAAGUUUGUUCUCCAAAAAUCCAAAAUUGUCAGCAAUGAAGGACGGCAAAGACAAACCUAUUUUCGAACAAGAACAGGUGCAAAACGCAAAGCAAAUCAUGAAACCCUUUGUUCUCCGUCGUCUCAAAACCGAAGUUUUGCGCGAUCUUCCCAAGAAAAGUGAGGAAGUAGUCAAGUGUCCCAUGAUCGAGAAACAGAAGGAAAUGUACACGAAUUUAAUAAGCGAAUUUUCGGACGAAGCGAAUCGAAACCACGAAAUUAACGGCGUAGGAAUGAUGAUGCAGUUGAGAAAACUCGCCAAUCAUCCUCUUUUAUUCAGAGCUUAUUACACUGAAGAUAAACUCAGGCUAAUAGCAAAUAGGUUGGCAAAUGAACCAGGCCACAAGCAAAAAAAUCCAGACUAUGUUUUUGAAGAUUUGUUGUGGAUGUCUGAUUAUCAGAUAAAUCAACUUUCUCGAACUUUCAAGAGUCUUGCUGGCUUUGGUCUGCCUCUCGAUUUGAUUCCCGAAGCUGGCAAACUGCGGAAACUCGAUGAGCUUUUACCGAAAUUGAAGGAGGAAGGACACCGGAUAUUAAUUUUUAGCCAAUUUACUAUGGUUUUGGAUAUUUUACAAGAGUACUUAACACUUAGGAAUCAUAGUUUUUACAGACUGGAUGGACAAACACCAGUAACAGAGCGACAGGGAAUGAUAGACGAAUUCACUCACGACAAAUCGAUAUUCAUCUUCUUGCUUUCAACAAGAGCCGGAGGUUUGGGCAUUAAUUUAACAGCAGCGGACACUGUCAUUAUUCACGAUAUCGACUUUAAUCCGUACAAUGACAAACAAGCCGAGGAUCGCUGUCACCGAGUCGGACAAGCAAAUCCAGUGAGAAUCAUCAGAUUUUUAAGUGAAGGAACAAUCGAAGAAGGAAUGUACCAGAUAGCCCAAGAAAAAUUAGAUUUAGAACAACAAAUCACAGGCAACGAAGAAAACGAGGGAGGGGACAAGAAGGGAGUUCUGAGAUUACUGAAAAUAACGUUGGGCCUCGACUUCCACAACAAAUCUCUUACCAUCUCGCCCACGAAAAAAGCCCACGAUUUAGAUGGCUUACAGGAAAAAGAAACCGAAGAUUGUGAUGAAGAUCAACAAUAACAAAAGUGAUCGAGGGCCUACGCGUUCUUUUGAAAUUUUAUAAUUUCAAUUCGCGAAUCACCGCUCACGAUUUUCUAUAAAAUAAAUUUUCAAAUAGUUUUAAGUAAUUUAUGUCCUUUGUUGGAUAACGAUUUAGGAAUCUUUCACGUGAUUAUAAAUUAUCUAAAAAUCGGCACUCUGAUACCGAUUUCGAUGUCUCGUUUAAUUAGGUAUAAAUCGUCGAUAAAUUUUCAUUUAUGUCACGCGUAUAGUUAGGAAUUUAAUUUAACUCUCGCAGGCACGAAAGGCACUUUUUUGAUAUUUGUAAUUUACUGCGAUUAUCGAUUCUCUGCUGUGAUGUUUUAAUCGCGAAAAAGCAAUUUAGAAAUGGCAGUAAAUUAUUUUUUCUGUGCUCUGGAGAUCUCUAGAUAUCUCGAGCAUUUUUAAUUUUUUAAUUAAAAAUAUGGGGCAUGGUAUUUUAUUUAGAAUAUUUAAUUUAAUAUUUUUUCCUUUCUAAUGCAAAUAUGUGUUUAUUCAAGAAGAAAGGUUUGAAAAUUCGUACUGAAGAGUGAAUAUUCAUUCUUGCUCAAAAUUGAUGCUUCCAGGGCUGACCUUUCAAUCGAUUUUAUAAGUGACUGCUGCCAAACUGAAAUUUGUACCUCUGAGGGUUAAUCUGUCUUUAAUUUAGAGAACCACUCAUAUUUUUAUACAAUAAACAUUGUUAUUAUCCUAGCGGCAAAACGAUGUUUAUUAUAAUUAGGUGUUUACAAAUCAGUAAUUGCACAAAAUGUGACUGGAUAAUUAUUAAUUUAAUAAACAAGUUGCCCCAA